GAGGGUGAGAAUUAAACUCCGACUCCCAGCAUGCCCCUGUUUCCAGACAACAACAGACGAGCAGAGGAGCAGCUGGUGGACGAUGAGACAGUUUGAGCUCAGAGCUCGAACAUGUCUUCACAGCAGGAAGUGGAGAGGAUCUCCAAGAAGCUGGAGAAGAUGGUGCACAAGAAGAAGACGGACGGUGCUCUGGACCUGCUGAGGGAGCUGACCAACAUCAAGAUGUCUCUGGACACCCUGCAGUCGACCAGAGUGGGGAUGUCUGUGAACGCUGUGAGGAAACAGAGUUCAGAUGAGGACGUUCAGACUGUCGCCAGAGGCCUCAUCAAGUCCUGGAAGAAACUGCUAGGUGUGUGUGUGUGUGUGAUGAGGUCACGGUUUACGCCUCCUCUCUUCCUCAGCAGAAAGACGUCUGGGGAAACUCGUGCAAACUCCGCCCCUCCCUCUCAGGUCACCUCCUUCCCCCCCGCCCCCGUCACCACCGACAGCGUCCGGAACAAGUGUCGGGAGCUGCUGGUGGCGGCGCUGCGGACUGACGAUGAUCACCAGAGCUUCGGAGUGGACUGUCAGCUGCUCGCAGCACAGAUCGAGGAACAGAUUUUCCAGGAGUUUAAAUCCACAGACAUUAAAUAUAAAACUCGUCUACGAAGCCGCAUCUCGAACCUGAAGGACCAGAAGAAUCCAGACCUGCGGCGCAACGUCCUGCGUGGGAACAUCUCGCCGCUGCGCAUCGCCAACAUGAGCUGUGAGGAGAUGGCGAGUGCGGAGCUGAAGCAGAUCAGAGAGACUUUGACUAAAGAGUCGAUCAGAGAACAUCAGCUGUCGAAGGUCGGAGGAACUGAGACUGACAUGUUCAUCUGCAGCAAGUGUCAUGGGAAGAGCUGCACGUACACACAGGUACAGACACGCAGCGCUGAUGAGCCGAUGACAACCUUUGUGUUGUGUAACAGCUGCGGAAACAGAUGGAAGUUCUGUUGAAGAGGACGUGUGUGUUUGUGUGUGUUUGUGUGUGUGCAUAUGUGUGCAUGUGCGGGUGUGCAUGCGUGUGUGCGUGUGUGUAUCAUUCCAUCAUGAAGCAAACUAAAGUGAAUUGAAUUUGGAUUUAAAAAAAUGAAUUGAGUUAUUGUUUUACUUUUUAUUUGUAGAGUUUUGUUUUAUGUAUAAAACUAAAAGCUGUUAUAUGUUUGGAGGAAAGUUCAUGUUGUCAAUCAGUUUAAUUUGUUUUAUAUAGAACAAGUAGAUUUCUUCUAAAGAAGCUUGAAGCCAGAUUUAAAUCACAUUGUGUCGUCGUGGAAAUGGUGGAUUCUGUUUGCUGCUCUGAACAUUUCUAUUAAAUUUGCUCUUGCAUGAAAAUGAAAUC